AUGCUUGAGUCAGAUAGUGACCAAGAAAAAGCUUGUGCUGCAGCAGCUUAUGUGCUCUUAAGUGGCGACUACUUGAGAAAAAAGAUGGAGAAGCGCAACAGACGUUGGUGGAUGACUUCAUUGAAUGAAAGUCGAAAAAGAUACAGCGCUACUGAUAUGCUGAGUGAUUUAAAACAAGAACCCUCAGGCAAAUUUCAAAAUUUUUUCCGAAUGUCGGCUACUGAUUUUGAAUCUUUGUUGGGAAAAAUCGGAAAAUUUAUUGCGAAGAAAAGUACCAACAUGAGAGAGCCUAUUCCGAUUCAAGAAAGGCUUGCUGUUACCUUAAUAUUUUUCGCAACCGGUGAUAGUCAAUCCAGCUUGUCUUAUUUAUUUAAAUUUUCAAAACAGACUAUAUCUAGAUGCAUAGAUGAUGUGUGUAAAGCCAUAAUACAAGAGCUGAAAGAAGAAAUAAAGUUGCCAAAAAAUGAAGAUGAGUGGCUGUGCAUAGCACAGCAAUAUGAAAAUCAGUGGAACUUUCCGAGCUGUUUGCGAGCGAUUGACGGGAAACACGUUGUAAUACAGUGCCAAAUAAUACAUCUACAGAGUACAUUUGAUACCGAAGCAGAUGGGGAAGUUGUUCCCGGAUCGUGGAGAAAUGACCAAAGCGGAAUGACUUCCUUCAUGCCCUUAAAGAAAGCACCUAGAAAAUCAGGAGAAGUAGCCAUAUCUACUCUCAACUGCUUUGCUGAGUAUUUCUCAAGAAGUGGGAAAUUAUCUUGGCAAGAUAAAUAUUGUUAA